AAUGUUUUUUUUCCGGACAGGGAACCUGACAAUAGCAAGUAUCUCCUCCGGAAAACCUGAAAAAUCCUACUAAAGCUCUUGGCUUUUCCACAGAUUUUCUUUUAAAGACUACAACUUCAGAGUUUGCUGAUACUAGACUUUCAAAUAUCAGGACUACUUGUUUGUUUAUUUAUUUACCAAAUAGGCAACGUUUACGUUUGGUCUUUACCCUCUACCGGACAAAGGAAUAUUCGUUGCAAAGCAAGUACUCGUUACCUAGAAAUAUAAAAGCAAGUAAUAUAUUAUAUUUAAGAAAAGGAUGUAUGUAUUUUGCACAUCAAUUAAUUUAAUAACAAUUUAAAGGAAUAAUUUGUACUGUUUGCAAGCAACGAUUUGAGAACGUUUUGAAUUCGUAACGGAGAGAAAACAACUUCUCUUAUUCACGGUCGUGAAUACAGAUUUGUUAGCUACUACUGUAGCUAGCAAAACUUUUUUAUUUGAACAUACGUUAUUUUUAAUUCAGUAAAAUGAUGCGGAUACCCAAAGGCAUUUCCCCGGCAUCUGGUCGAGGUUCUGUGGGAAUGUCGUGUUCGCAGAAGAAAGUUUUCUCCGGAGUAAAGACAGAGUUCUUUAGCACCGGACUAUCCAGUCCGCCGUUGAACUCGGUACCGACUGGGUACUUCACCCAAAUCUGCAACACUACAGCCGCGGAACAAAGCAGGGCAAACUGUCUAUAUGCUACCCCCCACGGACCCGAAGCUAAACCCAUCAGGUCAUCAUCCGGCCGUCUCCCGGCCAAGAGAAAGCUGGAUCUGGAGGACCCCCUCUACCUCCCAGACUUCAGGACCCCAAAAGGAAAGGGGUGCGUGGCCGUUGCCAGGCUCUCAAGUCCCAAAACGCCCAAGUCCCCCGGGGAGCGGACGCGCUAUGACACCUCCCUGGGCCUGCUGACCAAGAAGUUUGUGGGCCUGCUGAGCGAGUCGCCGGACGGCGUGCUGGACCUCAACUGGGCCACCGAGGUCCUGGAGGUGCAGAAGCGACGCAUCUAUGACAUCACCAACGUUCUGGAGGGUGUGCAGCUCAUCCGCAAAAAGUCCAAAAACAACAUCCAGUGGAUGGUUGGCAGUGUGUUUGAGGGCUCGGCCAGCGGGGGGGAGGAGUCCCGUGCCCUGCGGCGGGAGAUUGGAGAGCUGGACAGGGCCGAGAAGGUCCUGGACGACCUGAUCACAUCCAGCAGCACCAACCUGAAGGAGCUGACCGAUCACCAAGACAACCAGCGGCUGGGCUACGUCACCUACCAGGACUUCAGGUCUAUAGCCGGCCUUCAGGACCAGACAGUUAUCGCCGUCAAGGCCCCGUCAGAAACCAAGCUGGAGGUGCCAGAGUCCUCAAAGGGCUCCCAGCAGAUCUACCUGAAGAGUCAGAACGGACCCAUUCAGGUGUACCUCUGUCCCGAGGAGGGCCUGGAGGACGCCAGCCCUGUCAAGAGCGCCGCAACGCCCGGGAAAGAGUACCCACGCCGCCCUGGGGCUCACUCCGCCACCCCCUCACCCGCCAAAGCACAUACGCUGUACACCACCGUGAAACUGGAGCCCCAGUAUAACGCCGCCAAACAGGAACCACGGUGUACCGCUGUCAAACUGGAGCCCACAGAGGCCCCGCCUCCUGUGGUGGAGUUCUCCAGGCCUGCACCCACGGUCCCGGACAACUCCGCCCCCUCCGCCACCACCCUCCUGGACGUGGAGGGUCUCCUGGGCCUGCCCCCCAGUCUGCUCCAGAUGACGGAGGACCAGCUGCCGGGGGCCGGGUUCGCCCCCGAUCCCAGCGGCCCGUUCGUGAGCUUCUCGCCACCGCUCGACCACGAUGACUACCUCUGGGGGAUGGAGGACGGCGAGGGCGUGUCCGACUUCUUCGACACCUACGACCUGGGCGACCUGCUCCGCAGCUGAGGCGGGCAGAGAUUGAGACUUGGGCUGUUUUGUAGCGGGCCCAAAACACAUUUUUAUGCGGGUACGGUGUGACUAACUGGUCUAGACAUAGUAAUAGUUAUUAUUUAUUCAUGACCCAAGGUGAUCAGGCAGCAGUCGUUACGACCCUCCCAAACACGGCUGUUGAAUCCCAGAACAAUCUCAGUCCGAAGCCUAGAGGGGCGGGGCUACGCGUUGAUUUGGGAUUUUAAAGGGGGCGGGGCUAAGAGUUGAUUUGGAAUUUUAGAGGUGGCGGGGCUAGCAGUUGAUUUGGUAUUUAGCGGGGGGUCACCUGCACCAAAAGGGCCAGGGGUUUUUGCUCGCAGCAGUGGGUGAGUCGUUGUGCGGAAGCUGUGAACCUGGACAGAGUCAGUAAGUAGAGUGAGUAGAACUAGUCUGUAAUUAUGUGCCUGUGAAAACCUUCGCCUGACACGGGAAACCUCAAGGUCACAGUAACUAUUCAGGCUGUGCACAUAUAACCCCUGGUCGUAUUUGUGAAGGACGCCUCCUCGCUAGAGGGAUUUGGGGGGUCAAUAUUACAGUGAUACACUAAGAAGCCAUCAACCUUAGCUUUAGUCAUGUCUAUUCCAGAUGAAUGACUUGUGUCGGAAAAACAGCGUGCCGCUUUGUGUAAUUUGUACAUAUAUUUUAUAUUUUUUUAGGGGGGUUUAGACUAAGUCCUGGAUAUGCACUGAUGUGUUUGUGCUUUUUUGUGUCCAGAUUAUGAAGCUCUUGGUGUUAUGGUUUGUGUGUUUGUGCUGGGUGCAAAUUUAAACUGCAAAUUUUUUAUGCACAUCUUUUAAGCACAACAAAACAACUGGGGCAUUGUGGGGGGUAUUAUAUUAAUUACUCUCAGGAAUUCUGUCUUUUCCAGUCAAUGUUUAUAGUACCUCUCUUUGGCCACUAGAGGACAGGAUUAUACUACUUCAGCUGUAUCUCUGAAGUUCUGCUGAGUUGAAUCACAUCACUGUACAUGAAGCUAAACUAGGGUCGUGUUCAUUAGGUCGAAAACGUUUUGAAACGGAAGUCAUGCAGGUUUAGUACAACCUGGUAACUGUGCCCGUUGUAAAAUGUACUGAAACAUGGCCCAUGCUGAACACGACCCAGGGCUUAACCUUGAGUCUCUGGCACAGUGAACUUUCAACAAGGUGUAGGAUUGUGGGUAAUGUAGUUGUUGGGUAUUCCCAAGACAU